AUGAUUCCUGGCGAAUCUGUGUCCUGGUCGGGUCAACCUGCCACGGACUACGAAAAGCCAGAGGCAUUGGACCCUCAAAUCUUCACAGGGGGCCCUCAGCUGGAUGGCGAAGCCACUCUACAUGGCUACGAGGACCCGAGCCCUCCCGGGGACACCAAAAAAUUUCGUGCAGAGAGCUUAUGGCGAGUAUUGGACGAGAGACAUAUAAACAUGAUCGCAUUCUCUGGCACAAUAGGCAAUGGACUUUUUUUAGGAAGUGGGAGAUCACUUGCGAGCGCGGGUCCUGGCGGUGCAGUUCUCUGUUACAUACUCAUGGGAACAGUCAUUGCCUCAGUGAUAAGCUGUCUCGGUAAAAAUGACUGCGUUGAUGUCGGUCAACGCCCCUGUCAUGGAAUUUCCCCGCCGUUUCAUGAGUCGUGGUGUAGGAUUUGCUGUUGGGUGGGUCUAUUGGUUGGUAUUUCAUGA